AUGGAGGCAUCACGCCCCUCCCCUACAUACGCCGCUGUCCACGACUUCCGCCCGCUCCCUCCAGCCCAUGACAACGUCAUGCUCCAUCUGCGGGCUCCCGUUCUCGCCGCCCAUGGUCUUGAUAACCUUGUUGCACCUACUCGCACAAUUCCGAGUCCGCUGGGCAUCGCCAUCUUCAGCAGCACCUAUCCGCGCCUCACCCUCGUCGGGGAAGCGGGAGCAAUGAACCAUUGGGCUAUUCCUAUUCACAUGGCCAACCGCCCCAGCCCUCAGCAAUACUAUGCACAGAGCCCUCAAAGUCGCUAUUCCGCCGACUCUACCACCCGAUCGCAAGGGGCGUCUUCGCCCAAUGAUCGUAGCCACGAGAGUGUUGAUCACAAGACACCAGAGACUGGCUAUGACUUCUAUAUGUCCGAUGGCGAUCAAUCUAACAGUACAGGUAUGCCGUCUUCUGUAACCGGAAGCACGUAUUCUUCGCCAUCCGACAGCUCUAACGAGCGAAAUAAGCACGCGAAAUCUUCUAGCACCGACUGGAAUCUUGCCGGCGAACAGUUCUCUGUAUCACCACGCUUGCAGCUCAAACCGGAAGGGCUCACAGCUUCCAGCUUUGGUUUCGAUUUUUCUGCUUCCUCUACUGGCUUUGAUCUGCUCAAACAUAGCAUGGACUCCGCACUACCAAUGUCCGGCUACGAGGAGGCAUCCAUGAAAACUGGCAAGUCUCUAUUCACAAGUCCGGCCAUUCGAACUCUACCUAUGCCUUUUGGUGGAGGUAGAUCGACAGAUGUUCUCAUGGCUGUACAACCGGCAAUUUUCCAAGAUCGAAUGAUGGAGCCGCGUCUUUCUAUGUCCCCCACUGGCAUGACAUUUGUUGACCAUUUCGCAAUACAAAGUAUGCCGGUUUUAGCACUGAGCCAGAGUGUUCGUGAGGCUGUGCCAGUUUACCUCGAAGUGUACUGGAACAAAGUGCACCCCAUGUACCCGAUUAUCCAUCGAUCUAUAUUUGAAAAGGCGAUCGAGAACGCAUCGGAAGCGAUAGAUAUUCUGCAAUGCGCGAUGGCGGCAGUCGCGACACAGUUUCUCGGGCACGAGGAUCACAGAAGCAACGGAAGCCAACUUCACUUCCAUGCGGUCUGCAAACUCAAGGUGGCUUCUAACACCGAUUCAUGGCCAAUUGAAACCAUGCAGGCUAUACUACUCUCGGAGUAUUACAUGCGCUUCCGGGGGCGGGACAAAGAUGCGUUCCAAGCGUCUGAUCUAUUUAGAAGUUUAUACGAAAAGGCUAAUCACAAGGUCACGAUGCUCUCAAAAGCUAGUCUCUUUGGUCGACCGGAAACAUGGGAGGCGUGGGUCGAAGACGAAGCGCAUCGACGGCUGCUUGCUUCCUGCUUCCUGCUCGACGUCCAUUGCAUGCGCUACUUUGAACGUCCUUCCGUGUCUGUUACGGGCCUGGACUAUUCUUCGCCCAGCAGGUUGGUAAUUCCUCUGAGCGCCAACACCACCAAGCUUUGGGACGCCGCCACUCCGGAAUCGUGGUCCAAGCUGAACCCUCAGUGUCCACGAUUGAACGUGGGCCUGGCAAUUACUCAGGGUUACAAGCCGCUGGACAUGCAAAAAUCUUCGCCCUUUGAUGCGUCUGUGCUUCUUGCGGCAUAUUCUCUUCAGUUCCCCUCUCAGCGUAGUUCAACGCGCCUUGAUUUGAUUCAGGACCUUUCUGGAGUCGACAUGAGCAACAACAACGUCCUCAAUUUAUUUACGCACUCAGCUGUCGCUAACACUUAUCUGGCCCUUCACUUCACUCCCCUGCAUAUCGCCCUCUCCGUCUCGGGCGAUAGCUGGGUGUUCAACUCGAAAAUUCUUCGUCUGUCGGCGUUUGCAGAACACCAGGACCAGCUGUCCAGAUGGCGCGAUUCUGGAAGCUCGGCAGCCGCUGCGGCGUUUGCUGCUCGAGCUUUGGUUGCGUUCCUCGGCCUCGGAUCGGACGAUACGGGAACUGCGGCUGCAAUUGCGUCCUCUUGCACCGAAAUUUCCGACUUUUGGGGCAUUUAUGUAUGCGCUCUUAUCUGCUGGGCGUUUGGCCAUGUUGGAAGGGAUGGAAGCGGCGCGUGGAACGACGGAAGCUCCCGGCCGGCCGCGCUCCAGUGGCUGCAGAGUGCCGCGAAGAUGCAACCGGUGCAAGUUCAGCGUCUUGCCGGUCGACGCAAUGCGCAAGCCGUUGUUGGGCUCGCCCGCGAAGCUCUGGAGCAUGAGCAGUUUGGUGGCCGCACUUUAUCACUCCAUCUUACCGCUUCUACCAUUCUGUUAUUCAACAACCAAGCCUUCACCAUGCAGACCAGCUCGAUUCUCGUCAGCCUCCUCGCCUCUGGCCUCGCCAGUGCUGCUCGCAACUCGUACAUCACCCCCGUGGACUUUGCUACUAUGAGCGUUGAACAGUACGGCUCUCCCUACAUCUCCUCUACUCAUACCACCCCCAACACCAAGUUUAUGGAGCACACUUCCAGCACAAGCCAUUUCACCAAAGUGACUGGGACCUGGCCUCAGUACACCAGCAAGCACACUGCAUCGGUACACAAUACUGCCCCCAGCUACAAGCCGACCAUGUCUGCCGCGUUUGACACUCCUACCUACGGUCCCGUUCAGAGUGUUGCCAGCCACCUGGAUGCUCGGGGUAUCUUCAUUGCAACUGUUGUUGCCGGCCUUGUCUACUUAAUGUAA